CUGAACUCAGGACCUUUGGAAGAGCAGGCAAUGCUCUUAGCCACUGAGCCAUCUCUCCAGCCCCAAUAUAAAUACAUCUUUAAAAAAAAAAAUGAUAGCAACCAGGCCCACCCCUGCUGGGUGCCCCACCCCCACCCUAUGAUUACAUAACAAUUGCUCCCUAUAGGUCAUGAGAACUGAGGAUGGGUUCUAUGAUGCGCUGGGAAUGGGCUUUUGGAGGAACCGCCUCAGAGUCCCCGGGUGGACUUAAGCCUCUUUAACACCAAUGAGCUCCCCCUCCCAUACCCCUAAUCCAUCCCCAACCCAAUCCCCGUCCCAGUCCCGGUCUAACCACGCCCACGCUGAUAAUUUAACCAAUCAGCAGCCCCCCCCUAGCUCUGGAGGCUCAGCCCCUUCCCCUUCCCCCACCCGGGGGACUUCCUCCCGCCCAACCUCCCAUAACCCCACCCCAGCUCCUUCUCAGCCAUCCUCCCGGGCUUCCUCCCAGUCACCUAGUCCUCAUGUCCAGCAUGUGUCCCGAGGGUCUACUCAAGCCCCUACCCCUCCAGCCUCCAAAUCUCCCUCCCAGACUGGAUUGAAAGCUCUCUCUCGAAACCCUUCCCUGACGCCCGCGGUGCCCGUGAACAGGUCCCCUUCCCACAGCCCUGCGGCCUCGGCCUCCUACAUCGGGCCCAUCCGCAACAUCCCUUCCUACAUUGCCCCCUAUGUGCCUCGCUUCAUGAAAGAGACACCCUAUUUCCAGCCCCCUACAGCACCUCUUCCGCAAAAUCGGUGCUUUCCCUGUCCCUUUCCGUGCCAGGCCCAGGAAUCCAGUAGGCCGCAGCCACCACCACCACCUGACUCUCUCUACCUCCCCCUCCUCCCCCCACCCCCUCACCUCCCCCAGGUGAACUGCACCUACCCUACACCUCCGGCCCUGUUCACACCCCCAUCCUCCCUCUCCUACACUCCACCAACCGAGGUCCUGCUGAAGGGGAAACCACACGUGGUACCUUCGGUGCUACCGGCCACCUUCUACACCCCCUUCUCCCGCUUCUACUCCCAGCCCCGGCCCUACCGCUACCACCGGCGGUUAACCCUCCCCUCACUCUCCCUUCAAUACGAUGGUUCUGGACGCUCUGUCCACUUCUAUCGUGGGACCUAGGCCUC